CCGGCCACCUAAGAGGCACCUUCCGCCUCUGCUGUCUGUCACUGUCGCCUGUGAGCGCGGAGCCGGCAGCGUGCUGACCUGGGGCCGCGGCCGCUUUGCGGGGACCGCCGGUGAUGAUCAGAUCGGUGCCAGGAGCAGACCGCACUGCCUAGGGCACACAGCAUUAUGGCCGAGCCAGACUACAUGGACGACGACUGUGACGACCUCAUCAAGCCCAAGAAGCUGGUGAACCCGGUAAAGACCUCCCGGAACCAUCAGGAUGUCCACAGGGAGCUGCUGAUGAACCAGAAGAGGGGCCUGGCUCCUCAGGACAAGCCGGAGCUGCAGAAGGUUCUGGAAAAGAGGAAGCGCGACCAGGCUGUCAGGCAGCAAAUGGAGGAGGAAGAGGCGCACAGGAAGCAGUCGGAUCUGGAGGUGGAGCUGCAGAAGCGGCAGCAGAGGCUGGAACAGAUGGAGCUGCAGCAGCAGAGAGAUGAAGAGGAACAGGAAAACGCCCCUGAAUUCAUCAAGAUGAAGGGCAACCUGAGGAGGACAAGACAGGAGGCGGGGCCUCAGGAGGCAGGGCCUUAGGAGGCGGGGCCUCAGGAGAAGCUGACCUGCUGCUGUCACAGCGCCACCUGGAGGAGAGACGUGGUUGAUGUAAUGUGCGUGGGCAGGAUCUCGGGCACUUGCUGGACGCCUUGGUGCCGCACAGACGUAUGUGAAGCCAAAGCUGUGACGUGAGACUCCUGGUUGCUUUCCGAAUACUCGAUCCUCCCCAGCUACGCGUCAUUCUGGGUCAUUGCCGCUUUCAUAUAAACAAAUGCGCAUUUUAAAUGUCCGGUAAGAGUAGGAAUUUUUAUGUGCUCGAACAGAUGCUCUGAAACCUGAUCACUGCAGCCUCCAGCUCCGUUUCUAACAGGAAACGCCAGUAAAGAUCAGAACAGCCGUUUUCUUGUUGACCUUAGGGCUGUAUGGGAGGGACAUGGAGAUGAUAUUUUGAGAAGGGUCUGCAUCCCUGCCUUCAACCCUGACUCUGCAACCUUUCCAGUCAUCGCUGACCACAGUCUUAUGCCUUUGCUUCUUUAAAAUGCUUUUUUGCUUAGAAUGCAGGGUAACGAUGCAUGUUGCGAGUACCAGCUAAACUAAGCUGAGCAUCAUGAAUAAACGCAUGCAUUCGUCUGCUGUAACUGUAUGAGGAAUGAAAUUACCUACAAUUACCCCGCUCUGUUGUCUCUUGCAGCUGAAUUCUUUACCCUUAUCUUGAUAUAAAUUCUGGUGUGAUGCCUUAACACUGAAAUGAAAUGAAAAGACUCCAGGAAGUGCAGUAUCAUGUAUGGCCAGUAGAUGGAACCAUAUUACAAGUUACCUGUUAGGAAAUUUCAUAGCAAGCUGAUAUCAGCAGGAUGUAAAGGUCUUGUUAAACAUCCUGUAGCUAUGGUUUGUUUUCUUGAUGGCUGAAAGAAAUAAAGCCUGUUUUUGAAAAUGUG